UAUUUUUCUCAUCCUUCACUAUUAAAUUAUACAUUUGAGUACAAUGGGUUCUAAAAAAUCAUUCCUCAUCCUUGGCCUAUUGGCCAUGGUUCUUCUUAUUUCCUCAGAAGUGUCAGCCAGGACAUUAACCGAGACUUCCACUAAUGCCAACAAAGAGGAGGUUGUUGAAAAGUCAGAUGAACUAAAUGAUGCCAAACAUUUUGGUUACGGAGGCUAUGGCGGAGGCUAUGGUGGCCAAGGAGGCUAUGGCGGAGGCUAUGGUAGUCACGGAGGCUAUGGCGGAGGAUAUGGUGGUCACGGAGGCUAUGGCGGAGGAUAUGGUGGUUACCGUGGAGGCUACGGUGGUUACCACGGAGGAUACGGUGGAUACCAUGGCGGUGGUGGAGGUUACAAUGGUGGAUAUGGUGGCUACCAUGGCGGUGGUGGUGGCUACAAUGGUGGCUACGGUGGAAACCAUGGUGGCUAUGGAGGUUACCAUGGUGGUGGUUACGGUCAUGGUGGAGGUGGUGGUGGAGGUGGCGGAGGAGGCUAUGGUGGUGGUGGAGGUGGUGGAGGAGGCUACGGUGGUGGUGGUGGCGGCGGUGGUGGCGGUGGUGGUUACAUUGGUGGAGAGGUUUCCAACAAUGGUAACUGAUUAUAUCACCAUCACCAUCACCAUCACCAUGCAUGCAUAUUUUAAGUGUAAUAAAUUUCUAAGAUUAAAUAAUGUUGGGGGAUGAACAAACGUGAUUAUUUUGCGGUUAUGUAUUAUUUCUCUUCCCACUAGAUAUUUCACAUCUCUAUAAAUUGUUUGUAAAAUACAUUACCACUAUGUAUAUGUGGUAAUGAGUUUGAUUUCGGCUAAACAAAGUUGGAAUGUGUGUAAUAUAUCAAAUAUUAUCCUUGUCAAAGAAAUUUACCCAUUAACAAAUUA